AGCUUUUUUCUAAAACCCGUAAAACCAUCACCAUCAGAUCGAGAGCAUAGGUCACAGAACAACAGUAACAAGACACUAAUUAAAACGAAGCUUGAUCAAAUGGAGUUCAAGAAGCCAACGAUCGGGAUCUCCUCCUUCCUCCUCCUGCUCCUCGUGUCCGCCGCCGCCGCGGCAAGGCCGACGCGCCAGCUAGUCGCCAACGACGGCACCGUUGCCGCGCCCGCUGUCGCACCGGCCGCGGCGGACGUGGCGGCCGGUGUUGCCGAUGCGCCGGUGGCUGCUGCCAAUGCCGACGUCCCGGCUGCUGCGGCAGCAAUGGGCCCUGUGGCUGGCGCGGCGGCGGCCGGAGCACCGAUCGGCGCCAGCACCAUCCCUGUGGCGGCGGGCGCGGGCGCGGUGGGGAUGAACGGCGGCGGCGGCGGCGGCGACCACCCUAUGGUGUUCUUCAUGCAUGACAUCCUCGGCGGGACGAACCCGUCGGCGCGCAUCGUGGCGGGCAUCGUCGACAACACGGCCGUCACCGGCCAGCUCCCCUUCGCGCGGCCCAACGGCGCCGUGCUGCCGCUGAACAGCGGCGUCAACGUCAAGAGCGGCGCGGCCGGCGCCAUCGACAACAACAACAUCCCCUUCCUCACCGGCCUCGGCGGCGCCACCAACGCCGCCUUCACGUCGAACAGCAACAACAACAACAACGGCGUGCCCGUCUUCGCCGGCGGCAGCCUCCCGCAGGGGACCACGCUCCAGAAGCUCCUCUUCGGGACCAUGACGGUGGUCGACGACGAGCUGACGGAGGCGCCGGGGCUGGGCUCGCCGGCGGUGGGCAGGGCGCAGGGGUUCUACAUCGCGAGCUCCGAGGAGGGCGUGAGCCAGACGGUGGUGGUGACGGCGAUGUUCAAGGAAGGCGAGUUCGCCGACAGCAUCAGCUUCUUCGGCGUGCACCGCACGGCGGACUCGGAGUCGCACCUCGCCGUCGUCGGCGGCACAGGGAAGUUCGCCGGUGUGAAGGGAUUCGCCAAGGUGGCCGUCGUGAGGCCCGGAGGUGUGGCGGCGACUGCCGCGGAGCACGAGACGGACGGCGUCGAGACGGUGCUCCAGUUCACCGUGUUGCUCAUCAUGUACUAGUUAGGUAACGUGGUCAAGCUCAGGUUUACCAAAAUGUUUGGGGCUGACGUUAUCGUGGUCACCCCAUGGUUUAACGGUUACAAUGAGAUAUAUCAUGGUUUAAAAAAUAGAAAAAAUUAUCACACCGUUUUAUAAACCCUCGCUAUUAACUACA